AUGGCGGUCGGUCAGCUCAAGUCAUUGAUCGGAUCGAUCAGGAAGAAGCCUUCCACAGCUCCAGACCGAAAGACCAAUGCCGAAGCAGAGCUGAGCCCCAUCAACGAAAAGACAUCGAUACUCCAUGAUAUCACACACAUGGGCGUGAAAAACAUGAGUACCGUGGCUCAAGGCUUGACAACAAUCGCGUCCGGUGAGCCCAUGGACGACAAAGAGCUCUUGCUCGAGCAUGGCGUAGCUGCACUACAAUCUGCACCACCGAAUAGCGGACUUUCUGCAAUGGUGUCAGAAGGUUUCAUCAAGAUGCUUUACAACGACCUACCUCAUCCACCAGUAACUCUAGCUGGACCCACGGCCAGAUACAGACGACACGACGGUGGCAAUAACAAUCCAUGGAAUCCCGAGAUGGGCAAAGCCGGAAGCCCCUACAGCAGAAGUGUCCCACCAAUGAGGCCGAAAGGUCCCAACCUUCCUGAUCCCGAGCUUGUCUUUGAGCAACUGCUCAAGAGAAAAGGACCAUUUCGCGAGCACCCUUCUGGUCUCAACAGACUGUUCUUCUCUUUCGCCACAAUUGUUAUUCACGAGUGUUUCCAGACCUCUCGAACAGACCCAUGGAUCAACGAAACUUCCAGUUAUGUUGAUCUGAGCACUCUUUACGGAAACACAGAAGUCGAACAAAAGCGUGUGCGCACUUAUGAGAAUGGAACGAUAUACCCAGACUCAGUUGCUUCUGAAAGAAUCAUGAUGAUGCCACCUGGAGUGAUUGCAGUCUUGAUUAUGUUCUCGAGAAACCACAACAGCAUCGCCCACUCAUUGUUCUCUGUCAACGAAGAUGGCAAGUACAAGCCAUGGGAGACCUUGAAUGAGGAGCAGAGGACCGAACAAGAUGAAGACAUUUUCCAGCUUGCUCGCAACAUCAUUGUCGGCUUCUUCGCUACCGUCGUCCUCAAAGACUAUGUUGCCGCCAUCUUGAACACUCCAAGAGCCAACUCAGAGUGGUCUCUUGACCUUGGCGCUGAAAUCAAGCAAGCUGGUCAACGCUUAGAACGCGGCACUGGCAAUGUCGUCUCUGUUGAGUUUGCUGUUCUCUACCACUGGCAUGCGGCUCUGAGCGCUGCUGACGCAAAAUGGAUGGAAGAUCUCCUAAGAGAAAAUCUUCCGGGGCUCAAAUCUGUGGACGAUGUUACGCCGGACAUGUUUAAGAAGGUUGUCAUGACUGAGGGCCACAAGCUGAAGGACACUCUUCCUAGAAACUGGACCUUUGGAAAACUCAAACGAAACUCCAAUGGCAUGUUUGACGAUGUUGACCUUGCAGAAAUCAUCAAGGACUGUAUUGAGUCGCCAGCGCAUGCUUUCGGUGCUCACGGCACACCCGCGAGUCUGAAGAUUGUCGAUAUCAUGGGAAUGCUUCAAGCUCGCAACAAGUUCCAAGUCUGCACAAUGAAUGAGUUCCGUCGCUACCUUAAUUUGAAGGCGUACGCGAACUUCGAAGAGUGGAACCCUGACAAAGAGGUUGCCAGAGCUGCAGAGCUCCUCUACGGCCACAUUGACAACCUUGAACUGUAUCCAGGGCUGAUGGCCGAAGUCACCAAGCCUGCUAUGGCUGGUAGUGGUGUCUGUCCAGGCCAAACUACUGGACGUGGUAUUCUCGAUGAUGCUGUUGCCCUAGUCCGAGGAGAUCGUUUCCUUUCUUACGAUAUGAACAGUUCGACCUUGACAAAUUGGGGUGUCGCCAAGCUCAGCGUUUCUCCACCAGGAGCAUAUGGAGGCAUGCUUCCGCAAUUGCUUCUCUCGGGACUACCUAAUGCCUUCACUGGCACAUCUUCUUAUGCUUUAUUGCCUUUCUACACACCCAAAGCUGCAGCAGGGAUCUUGAAGGGCAACGGAGUUAUUGAUCAAUAUGAUCUCACCAGACCAAAGAGUGAUAAGACUGUUGUCUCUGUUCACACGCAAGAAGGCUGCAAGAAGGUCUUUGAGGACCGCGAAAACUUCCGCGUCAUGUACCAGGCAGCAAUCAGACAAUGUACCGAUGGGCACGACUUCAUGAUCGGAUGGGAUCAACAGAAGAAGCACGACGACAGAUCAAAGAUUCUUCAUAAAGUGUUCUUUGAAGAGAACUUUGAAGCGAACGUCACGAAGUUCUUCCGCACGAAUGUUGCAAGACUCAUCUCGCAGAGUUCGCUCAAGUAUCAAGGUACCAGGCGGUCAAUUGACAUUGUACGAGACGUCACCAAUGUCACGCCUAUCCUCUGGCUGGCGGAGAGAUUCGCUAUCCCCAUCAAGGACGCAGAGCAUCCUCGAGGCCUGUUAUCGGUCCCUGAGCUCUUUGGUAUCUACUUGGUCUUGUUCAUGUACCAGAGUUUCAACAUCCAACCUCUAGUCGAAACCACACUCCGUGAAGGAGCUACCAAGGUUGCGCCGAUCUUGCGCAAGAUCUUGAAAGCUCAUCUUGAAACUCAACAAGGUGUCAAAGAAAAAGUGGUGGACUGGGUUGCUAAAGGUACAGCAUAUGAGGUUGGCCCGGAUGCAGAUCGCAUCUACCAUGCCUUGAAUGCGACAAAGCUUCCCGUUGGUGAUUUGGUCGGUGACUGUAUCGGCAUGGGUGCUCCAGUCGCAGGCAACAUCACACAACAAGCAUCAUUGCUUAUCGACCUCUUCCUAAGCCCCGGCUACGAAGUCUACAAAGAUCGCAUCACCGAACUUGCUCACCGAGACGAUCCAGCAGCGGAACGCGAGCUUCAAGGUUUCGUCUUCGAAGGCAUGCGCCAUGCGGGUGUGGUCCCAGGCCUGCCUCGUGUGGCAUCGCAGGAUGUGACUGUCAACGACGGCACUCGCGGCCCCAUUCAUAUCAAAGCCAACCAAACCGUCCUGAUCGCGACGUCGAAGGCAUCCAUGGAUCCUAUAGCAUUCCCCAACCCAGAAAAACUGGACCCUCAUCGUCCGUUCAGCUCCUACAUUCUUCUUGGUCAUGGCUUGCAUUAUUGCUUUGGUGCGAGAUUGGUCGGUGUGUCGUUGGCUGCUACAUUGAAGGAAGUUUUCAAGUUGAAGAAUUUGCGUCGUGCGCAAGGUCGCGCUGGGCAGUUCUCGAUUGUUGAGCAUGAGGUUGCUGGUGUCAAGAUGAGACAAUACCUUGAUGCGUCCUCGAAGGAGUCACCCAUUCCCACUACUCUGACCCUGGAGUAUGAUGAGUAG